UUACGGCGCUGGCGCAGCGAUGGCGGAGGCCGUGGAGCGCACUGACGAGUUGGUUCGCGAGUACCUGCUCUUCCGCGGUUUCACGUACACACUGCGGCAGCUGGACGCUGAAAUCAAGGCGGACAAGGAGAAGGGGUUUCGGGUGGACAAGAUUGUGGACCAGCUGCAGCAGUUAAUGCAGGUGUAUGACUUGGCUGCCCUGCGGGAUUAUUGGAGCUACCUGGAGCGUCGACUCUUCAGCCGCUUGGAGGAUAUAUAUAGACCUACCAUCAACAAGCUGAAAACCAGCCUGUUCCGCUUUUAUCUCGUCUACACAAUUCAGACAAACAGAAAUGACAAGGCUCAGGAGUUCUUUGUAAAGCAGGCCACGGAGCUCCAGAACCAGGCCGAGUGGAAGGAUUGGUUUGUCCUGCCCUUCCUGCCAUCCCCAGACACCAACCCCACCUUUGCUACCUACUUUUCUCGACAGUGGGCCGACACCUUCAUUGUGUCCCUGCACAACUUCCUGAGCGUCCUGUUUCAGUGCAUGCCAGUUCCCGUGAUCCUGAACUUUGAUGCGGAGUGCCAGCGGGCCAACCAGGUUCAAGAAGAAAAUGAAGUUCUGCGUCAGAAGCUUUUUGCACUGCAAGCCGAAAUCCACCGACUGAAGAAAGAGGAGCAACAGCCAGAAGAGGAAGAGACUUUGGUCCAACACAAGUUGCCUCCUUACGUCUCCAACAUGGACCGCCUGGGGGACUCGGAACUGGCCAUGGUGUGCAGCCAGAGGAACACGUCCCUCUCCCAGUCACCUCGUGUGGGCUUCCUGUCCUCGCUGCUGCCUCAGAGUAAGAAGAGCCCCUCAAGGUUGUCACCCGCCCAAGGUCCUCCUCAGACUCAGAGCUCGGCCAAGAAAGAGUCCAUCAGUAGUCAGACCGCCAAGGCAAAGGACCCAGCUUGCGGGCCCAAGGACGGGAGGAGCCCCUUCAGUGGGCUGGCCGCCGGGGAAUCCAGCUGGUCGCAGCACCGUCAGCGGCGCCUGCAGGACCACGGCAAGGAACGGAAGGAGCUUUUGUCGAUGACUUUGCAGGGCGCAGAGAAGAAGCCUGAAGCUUGUGGCCCAGAGCCAGAGCCCUACUCAGAGCUCCACGCAGAGGCACUGGAGACGCUGACCCGGGCCUCCACAGGCGGCCCGGAGGGUGGCGGGGUCCGCCCCGAGCAGCCGUUCAUUGUGCUGGGGCAGGAGGAGUACGGGGAGCACCACUCCUCCAUCAUGCACUGCAGAGUGGACUGCUCGGGGAGGAGGGUCGCCAGCCUAGAUGUGGACGGGGUCAUCAAAGUGUGGUCCUUCAACCCCAUCAUGCAGACCAAAGCGUCCUCCAUUUCCAAGUCACCGCUGCUGUCUUUAGAGUGGGCCACCAAGAGGGACCGGCUGCUCUUGCUGGGCAGCGGCGUGGGGACAGUGCGCCUUUAUGACACGGAAGCCAAGAAGAAUCUCUGUGAAAUCAACAUCAACGACGACAUGCCCAGAAUCCUGUCCCUGGCGUGCAGCCCCAGCGGGGCCUCUUUCGUCUGUUCGGCUGCAGCUCCGAGCCUUGCUUCCCAGGUGGACUUCCCGGCACUGGACAUGGGCAGCAGGGGCACUAACCAGGUGCCCGGCAGGCUGCUGCUGUGGGACACGAAAACCAUGAAGCAGCAGCUCCAGUUCUCCCUGGACCCUGGGCCCAUUGCUAUCAACUGCACAGCCUUCAAUCACAAUGGGAACCUGCUGGUCACAGGGGCGGCCGACGGCGUCAUCCGGCUCUUUGACAUGCAGCAGCACGAGUGUGCCAUGAGCUGGAAGGCCCACUGUGGGGAGGUGUGCUCCGUGGAGUUCAGCUACGAUGAGAACGCCGUGUACAGCAUCGGCGAGGAUGGGAAGUUCAUCCAGUGGAACAUCCACAAGAGUGGCCAGAAGGUGUCUGAGUUCAGCCUCCCUGCGGACGCCACGGGCCCCUUUGUGCUGUCUGGCUACAGCGGCUACAAGCAGGUUCAGGUUCCCCGGGGCCGGCUCUUCGCUUUCGACUCGGAGGGGAAUUACAUGCUGACAUGUUCUGCCACCGGGGGCGUCAUCUACAAGCUGGGCGGGGAUGAGAAGGUUCUGGAGAGCUGCCUGAGCCUGGGGGGCCACCGAGCGCCUGUGGUCACCGUGGACUGGAGCACGGCGAUGGACUGCGGGACCUGCCUCACUGCCUCCAUGGACGGCAAGGUCAAGCUGACCACCCUCCUGGCCCAUAAAGUCUGAGGGGGCCGCCGGAGCGACUUCUCGGAAGCAGCGUUAUCCUGGGCACGGGGAGAGACGACAGGAGGACGGGACGCUCCACUUCCGGCUCCCUGCCGGGGCCGGAAUCUGCAGGAGAGGCUGUCUGGGGGCUCGGGGCGCUGUCCAGUGCAGUGACUGGAGCGGGAGCCCCGUGGAGUCGUGGCACGAGGUCCCCAGAGAUCAGCACACGGGGCUGUGCCGGAAGCCCACUCCAGACAGCAUGGUGAUGGCCGCUGUGUUGGCCCA